GCUUAUGUCAACUAUGUAUGAAUUCUUAGCUGAGUGUCUGUGCUGAACAGCUCCUGCUGAGUGGAGUGCUAGGAGUCCACAUGGAGCGGUCACGUGCCUCGGGCACUGGCCUGGCUGCACUCCUAAAGAGUGGCCAUGUUCCUAUGGUCGAGACACUGAGUAACUCGGUCACCAAGCUAGAUGCACAGAUUGAGCAGAACGCGAAAGAGAUUGAUUUAGUGAUUCACGAGAUACUGAAGAUGGUGAACGAGCUUCCCAAUAGCAAGGAGCAUGACAGUACAGAGGAGGCGGUGGAGUUCUUAAACUCGUCCAACAUGCUUGACAAGAUCUCCUGCUUCGACCCUGACACCACCGACGUCCAGCACAUACUUAAACAUGUGGUUAGUGCACCUCCUACUCUUCCAGUAUGA